GGCCGCCGGGGCUGGGGCAGGGCUGGGCGGAGAGGGACGCGGCGGCGGAGCGCGGCGGCGGCGGUGGAGCAGCGGGAGCGAGGCGCCGAGCGAGCGGAGCGAUCUUCGGGCCUCCCUCAGACGCGGCCGUCGCGGCGCGCCCUGCCUGCGGCCCCGACAUGGACGAGGAGGGCGGCGGCGGCGGCGUGCCUGAUGACCUCUCCAUAGAAGAAAGAGAAGAGCUUUUAAAUAUUCGUCGCAGGAAAAAAGAACUGAUUGAUGACAUUGAGAGAUUAAAAUUUGAAAUUGCUGAGGUUAUGACAGAAAUUGAUAAUCUGACUAGUGUAGAAGAAAGCAAAACUACACAAAGAAAUAAGCAAAUAGCCAUGGGAAGGAAGAAAUUCAACAUGGACCCUAAGAAGGGAAUACAGUUUCUGAUAGAAAAUGACCUCCUGCAGAACACUGCAGAAGACAUUGCACAGUUCCUUUAUAAAGGAGAAGGAUUAAAUAAAACGGUAAUUGGAGAUUACCUCGGUGAAAGAGAUGAAUUUAAUAUUAAAGUUCUUCAGGCUUUUGUUGAACUCCAUGAGUUCGCUGAUCUCAAUCUUGUACAAGCCUUAAGGCAGUUUCUGUGGAGCUUCAGACUCCCAGGAGAGGCUCAAAAAAUUGAUCGUAUGAUGGAAGCUUUUGCUUCACGCUAUUGCCUUUGUAACCCCGGAGUCUUCCAGUCUACAGAUACAUGCUAUGUGCUUUCAUUUGCGAUCAUUAUGUUAAAUACCAGUCUGCACAACCACAAUGUAAGAGAUAAACCAACAGUAGAGAGGUUUAUUUCUAUGAAUCGUGGAAUUAACGAAGGCGGAGACCUUCCAGAAGAAUUGCUACGGAAUUUAUAUGAAAGUAUUAAGAAUGAGCCAUUUAAAAUUCCAGAGGAUGAUGGAAAUGAUCUAACGCAUACGUUUUUUAAUCCAGAUAGAGAAGGUUGGCUGCUGAAAUUAGGAGGGGGAAGAGUGAAAACAUGGAAGCGGAGAUGGUUUAUUCUGACUGACAAUUGCCUGUAUUACUUUGAAUACACGACGGACAAAGAACCUAGAGGAAUUAUUCCGUUAGAAAAUCUUAGCAUAAGAGAAGUUGAAGACCCUAGAAAACCAAACUGCUUUGAGCUCUACAACCCCAGUCAUAAAGGUCAAGUAAUUAAAGCGUGUAAAACUGAAGCUGAUGGCAGAGUGGUGGAAGGCAACCACGUAGUGUACAGAAUAUCUGCUCCCACCCCAGAAGAAAAGGAGGAGUGGAUUAAAUCUAUCAAAGCAAGUAUCAGCAGGGAUCCCUUUUAUGAUAUGCUGGCAACCAGGAAACGAAGGAUUGCAAAUAAGAAAUAGAACAUGAUGGGCAGCUUGUAUACCUGCAUCGACCUGUAAAUGAGCGUACAGCUGAAGUGAUAAUGUACAAAUUGGACAAACUAAAUGAAGACGAUAACUGUAAAUGCUAUAUAUAUAUAUAUAUAUAUAUAUAUAUAUAUACACACACACACUUUACUAUGGCACAAAAACUUGGCCAGACCUGUCAGGGUAAAUAGUUAUUGGCAUAUAAUUUGAACUAAGCUUCAAAUCCCAGAGGAUGAUUAUAUUGGAACUUAAUUCAACUGAAAACAUGGAAGCCUUGUUUUCACUUGCGUUAGUUACAGCUCCAGUUUACUUGGGUAUUCGAGGCUAAUAGUAAAAUGUCCUGUAUCUGUUGUUUGACGCACUUCCCGUAAAAGGAGGAGCGAUUGUAAGACUUUCAUCUCUCGCUAAAAUGCAGCACCAAAAGUGGAGUACAGCGCUUAAUUUUUCUGUAAGCAGAAACCCCACAAUCUCAAUAUCGUUUUUGAAGUCUUGCGUGUUUCGCGGGAAGCGAAGAGCUGCGUGCAGCUUUCGUUUAGGAGUCGCUCUCCUGCCUUUAUGGAAACAGCUUUUCUUCUCCUCAGCAGCGCAGCUCAGCGGUAGCGCGGUAGUGACGAGUUGUGCCAAAGGGCUCGGUCGACGUGCGCUGAGAGAUAUGCAGGUGCCGGCAGCCAAGGUUGGGGUCCGUAGGCGUGACGCCACGUACAGACCUGGUUUGGUACUUGCCAGUAGGCUGAAAUUCAUUCCUGUCUGCUCAUACCUCGCAAUAAGCAGCGAGCUUUAGUUACUGGAUUAAUCUGCUUUUUAUAUAGUAACAUCCUUCUUAUGUUUUAGAUACGUUGUAGUUUAAUUAACACUUAGUUACUACUAAAGGAGUAAGAUGACGGGGCUUGCAUGGGUUGAGGCUUUGCUUGUGAAAACACCCCCGAAUAAUUUCACGUGCGUUUAAUGUUUUUAAAGGGAAAAACCAGGGAAGUGAAAUCUCUCUGUAAGGUACAGCCCUGCAUAGUGAAGCAGGAUUCAUUCUUGCGCUCGAGUACAAACUUCGGACGUACAGACAAGUUCAGUAUUUCUGUUGCAUUCUUAAAGGCGAUUUUUCAGAUCUGUGCUUCAGCAGUUGAAAUUGAAAAAAUGAACAGACAUCCUUAUUUUUACUUAAAAAAUGAAAUCUUACGUAUCGAUUAUCUAGCGCAGCUAAACUCCCACUCAAGCACACGUCUCUCUUUUUUGUAGUUUGUGGAAGAUCUUUCUGUGGUGCUACGGACAGUCUUUCAGUAACACGUAAACUGCUACAGCAGAUUUUACUACAACGCCUUUCUGUCGGUAGCACACACACCGCUCUUAAGGUAAAGCCCCGAAUUUCCCAAUGGGGGCAAAAAGUGGGGUUUUUGGGCCCUACUGCUUCUGUUAGUUCUCCGUUUUUCACAAACGCCUUGGACCCGAGCCGUGCCUGCUGCGCCAGCGAAGGCUUGGGAGACCCGACACAGCCAGAGCAAUUCUGCCGCUUGUAUCCCGAAGCCUCUGGAUGCGCUGCGGGGAACGUGCCGCACUGGCAGAACACAGACGUACUGAGGCGAUCUGUUCCACAUCUCCUUCGAACUGCAAGGGAGAGUCUGUUCCAUUGUUCCCGUCUUACUGAUUUGCCUUGUUUUGCACGGGGUGUCAGCCUGUGAAUGCUUCGCGCUAUUGCAUGUUUGCAAGAAAGGCCGAGAGGAAAAGAACAAAGUCAACGCGUUCACACCUUAGAUUUCCCCAGAGUACGUGGAGUUGCACUCGACUCGGAUGAGUGUCCAAACCCGAGUACUUCCAAGUGAGUAAAACUCAGCCACAGGAGGUAGGAUCCCUGAGUAAGCGUCACUGUGGGGACAUCUUUGCUUAAUGGAACACGUUUAAACUCUUUAUAGAAACGAAUCAAGUUGUGUGUCCUGUUUGCGAGGCAGCGGGACUGUAGCGCUGCCAGCAUCACUUGUUCUGAGUCUUCUGUUCUGCGACUUCCAGUUUUGUUCUCAAGCAACGCGUAAGUCGGUUUUAGCUGUGGACAAGUAGAUUUGUAGUGCGAAUAGUGACAAACGCGAAUCAGUGGUACUAAUGAGUGGAAAGGUGAAAAGCAGCAAAUAAAGUAUUUCUGGAGAAAUGCGAGGUUACAAAAGCAUUAGUAAGCCAUGAAGCACUUUUGUAUCAAUUCUUCUGAAAUAUCACCUUCAAGAAAAUUAUUUAUUUAGCCAGGUGAGGAUGUCUGCCUAUACGCAUGAAGGAAAUGCCUUGAGAGUUCAUUUGCUGUAUUUAGUUUGAAGUUCUUCUGUCCGGCAGAAAUAGUUAUUUAGAAUAACAUGUAACUGAGGAUAUUCUAGCAGGAAAUAUAUUAUUUCUUAGCAUUAAAAUGCGACAUCUUAAACAGCUAUUUGUGGUGCUCAAUAUAUCUAUUUAAUUUACCAAAGCUAAUGGAAUAGCAUUCUUGUGUGUGAUAAUAUUUGAUUUCAGAUGUUCUUCGUAACAGUAUUAACAGGGAGUGAAACUGGCCCAAAAUUUCCACUGGCCACGAGGCCAGUAAAACAAAGUGGCUUGUGAAAAUUUUGGCCAAAUCAGGUACUAUCCCCGAGGGUGAAAAAUCUCUCUCAUCCUUUCCCUUUCUCAUUGGGCUUCGAGUCCAGGGGUGGCUACCGGGCGCAGCUGCUGGUGGCCUGGCGCGGUCUCUGCUGGCGCUGGGCCGGGCCGAGGGGCCCCGGGGACGGCCAGCGGCUCCCGCUGCGGCACGGCCACUUGCCCGGUGCCUCGGCUCCUCACCAGCCCCGGGGCCCGUGGGAGCCGCGUUGGCUCCGCCAGAGCCCUUCGGCCGCCGCCGUCAGCCAGGGAGAGCCGAGGGAAGGCUUAAGCUCAGCUGGACUGACUUAAAUUUUACAAUAUUCUGACAAAAUAAGCUCUACGUCACUUCACAUUUUGAACUGUUUUGAACUGGUACAAAACUGAACCUUUGUAAACCAAGCAGCAUUUAUAAUGCUUCAUAUAUAAAAACAAUGCAUAUUUUUAAGAUUUAUUACAUAUCUAUGUAGAUAUGCUUGCUGGAGGAGCUGGGUCUGUUGUAGACCAAACGCUACAGCCUGACUUGUGGCUUACCAGUUUCAUUUCUAUAUUUUCUUGGAAAAUGUUUCUAGCUAGAGUUUAAAUUUAAAAUGUAAAUACUGUACAGAUAUGUAUUGAGAUAAGUAUUACUUGGUGUACGCAAGUGAUUUGCAUGACAAAUACCCUGUAUCAAUCAUUGUUAAAAAUGUGAUGUUCUAUGUAAAUCCACCGCAAUAUUAAUGUUUUCAUUUAUCAUUGAGACCUGUUGCUUAAAUUGGGAGAUUUUAUCAAAAAUAAAGUGUGAAACUAU